AUGAUCCCCUCCUUCAAGACGGCCUUUACGGCCUUGCUCUUCCUGUCGCCUCUGGCAGAAGCACGCCCCCAAUACUCCACGCGAGAUGAGAGGGAAUGGGUCACUGUCUGGGGAACGAUGCCCCAGCUGGUUGAGCCGGGCAACCUACCCCCAACCCCAUUUAACGAGACAGGCCGAGUCUUCCGCGAUGCGACCCUUCGCCAGACCGUCAAGGUCUCCCUUGCGGCCUCAACCCUCCGCCUGCAGAUCAGCAACGCCUUUGGCGGCUCAGACCUCCCCAUAACAUCCGUGACCAUUGGCCGAACGGCGAACAACACAGCCGGCACGAGCGGCGUCGACGCCAACUCCCUCCAAGUCGUCACCUUCUCGGGCAGCGGCGGCUUCGUCGUUCCCAACGGCGCCGUCGUCUUUUCGGACCCGAUCAACCUCACCGUCGAAGCGCAGUCCAUCGUCUCCGUCACAAUCUACCUCGCCAAUGGCCAGUCGACCAACAGCAUCACCGGCCACCCGGGCAGCCGCACCACGUCUUUCCUCGUGCGCGGGAACCAUGUCGCCGACCACGACCUCGUUGCCGCCAGCAACGCAACCACGACCGCGACCACGACAGAUCACUGGUACCUCAUCAGCGCCCUCGAGGGCUGGGUUCCAAAGGGCGCUUCGGCGGUCGCCAUCGUAGGCGACUCCAUCAGCGACGGCAGGGGCUCAACGACCAACGUGAACAACCGUUGGCCCGACAGGCUCCUCGCGCGGAUGCAAAACGAUUCUUCCACGCAGGACAUCGCCAUUGUCAACGAGGCCGCGGGCGGAAACCGCGUCCUGGCCGACGGUCUGGGCCCCAACGGUCUCGGCCGCAUCGACAGGGACGUCGUCGCGCAGUCGGGUAUCAUGUAUGCCAUUGUCUUCAUCGGCGUCAACGACAUUGGCACAGCGGCCAACACGACCGCCGCGCAGGAGGCGGUGGGUGACCGGCUCAUCGCCGCGUACGAUCAGAUCGUCACGCGGCUUCACCGGUUCAAUAUCGCGGUAUUCGGGGCGACCAUCACGCCGCUGACGGGAGACGGGCAGCCGUACUCUGAUCCACAGAGGGAGAAGACGCGGCAGAGUGUGAAUAAAUGGAUUCGGAAUAGCGGGCGGUACGAUGCCGUAAUCGACUUUGACGCGAUCGUAAGGGACCCCGCUGCGCCGGAGAAGUUGAAGGUCGAGUAUGAUUCGGGUGACCACUUGCACCUGAAUCCGGCGGGGUAUAAGGCCAUGGCUGCUGGUAUCAAUCUCUCGCUGUUUGAUAAGUUCAAGCACGGGGUGUCCAGCAUGACUUAG